AUGUCGAAAGAAUUCCAAGAUAAAGUCGUCCUGGUUACAGGUGCUGCGAGCGGUAUCGGCCGCGCAACUGCCCUCAAACUCUCCUCCCUCGGCGCCUCCAUCUCCCUCUGCGACGUCAACUUCCCCAGCCUCAGCGCCGUAGCUUCAGAAUGCGAAACACCCACCCUCACACGAAGAGUCGACGUGAGCUCCGCCGCCGAGGUUCAGGAAUUUGUUGACAGCACCGUCAAGGGACUGGGUCGAUUGGACUACGUUUUCAAUUGCGCUGGCGUGAAUCCCACGAGCAUAAAGCUCGAAGACACCAGCGAAGAGUAUUGGGAUAAACUCGUCAAUACGAACCUCAAGGGCGUGUUUCUUGUUACGAAGGCCUGUCUUCCGUAUCUGAGUCGUGGGUCCGCUAUCGUCAAUGUGAGCAGUGUAUCCGGCAUACGCGGUUCAGCUUUCCAAUCCGUAUACUGCACGACGAAAUUCGGACUGAUCGGCAUGACCAAAUCGCAUGCUCUGGAAUUUGGUCCCAGAGGAAUCAGGGUCAAUGCUAUUUGUCCGGGCUAUAUUGAUACGCCGUCGAAUGCGGGUAUCGUGAAGGGAGGCGAGGCAGUGGAGAGGAUGAGGAAUGGCAAUGCGUUGGAGAGGCUGGGAGAGCCGGAAGAAGUGGCGGAUGUCGUUGCAUUCUUGUUUGGAGAAGGAGCGCGGUAUGUUAAUGGAGCUGUCGUGGAGAUUGAUGGAGCGAUUAAGAUGAGUAGUACUACGAAGUUUUGUAUGCUGAGGCUUGAGAUCAAAGCCAUCCAAUGGGAAGUCGAGGUGGAGAAGCAACCCGGUCACUUCCACCGCGACAUGUCUCACCACAACUCCAACACCACAACCAUGACAGAAGUACAAGAAUCCACACAAACGUCGCUUGCGGCAGAUACAUCUCUCGCACCGACCGCGUCGACCGAGCUUGUUACGACGACAGAACAGACAAUCAUCACGACCAAUGCUGAGGGCAAAAAAGUCAAGAAGAUCAUCCGUCGCAAACGGAGACCGGCGCGUCCACAAGUCGAUCCUGCGACGAUAAAGCCCCAGGAAGUUGCGCAGACGGGUAACAUUUACAACGUUUGGUACAACAAGUGGUCUGGCGGUGACAGGGAGGACAAGUACCUCUCCAAGACAGCCGCCCAGGGACGCUGCAACAUCGCAAAGGACAGCGGAUACACAAAAGCCGACAAGACGCCUGGGUCUUACUUCUGCCUCUUCUUUGCGCGUGGUAUCUGCCCCAAGGGUGUGGACUGCGAGUACCUCCAUCGUCUGCCUACUGUCACCGACAUCUUCCCAAGCAACGUCGAUUGCUUCGGGCGCGACAAGCACGCCGACUACCGAGACGACAUGGGUGGAGUAGGAACCUUCCAAAGACAAAACCGAACCCUCUACAUCGGACGCAUCCACCCCACCGACGACAUCGAAGAAAUCGUCUCGCGCCACAUGCAAGAAUGGGGCGAAAUCGAACGAACCCGAGUCCUCACAGCCCGCGGCGUAGCCUUCGUCACCUAUACCAAUGAAGCCAACUCGCAGUUUGCCAAAGAAGCAAUGGCGCACCAGUCUUUCGACCACAACGAAAUCCUAAACGUCCGCUGGGCAACCGUAGACCCCAACCCACAAGCCGCGAAACGCGAAGCCCGCCGCAUCGAAGAACAAGCCGCCGAGGCGAUCCGAAAAGCCCUUCCCGCAGCCUACGUUGCCGAACUAGAAGGCAGAGAUCCCGAGAGCAAGAAGCGCAGGAAGGUCGAAGGCAGCUUUGGCCUACAAGGCUACGAAGCACCCGAUGACGUAUGGUACGCAAAAGAAAAGAGUGACUGGGAAGCAGCCAAGCAGCUGGAAUCAGGCGGCAUGGGCGAGCGCAUGAUGAUCGAGAGUGCAGAGUCGGCCUACCAAGACGGUGAUAAUAUUGGUCAAGAACAAGAGAGCUCGACUGCACAGCAGGGUAAUGGCAUUUUAUCAGGGUCUACACUGGCGGCGCUCAAGGGGUUCAAGGCUACGCCGACCAACAAACGGCCUGCGCCUGUUGCGGGACCGCUUGUGGAUUAUGGUAGUGACAGUGAUUGA